CACAUAUACACACACACACAUAGACGAGCUCGGGAGGGGAUUUCCACGAAGCACCGUUUCCUUAACUUGUUUUGCUUUCGUUCUGGACUCUGAAUUUGCUUACAAUUUUCGUUUUUCCUCUCAACACGAAUUAAAAACAGUCCGUCUGCAUUUGCGGCCACAUUUUGCGGACUUGUUCCGAGUCGGAUUUAAUCUCGAAUUGCAGGCCACUAUGCCCGUGGAGAGAAUGCGUAUGCGACCAUGGCUGGAGGAACAGAUAAACUCAUGUAAAAUACCAGGACUUAAAUGGGUUAAUAGGGAAAAGAAAAUUUUUCAGAUUCCUUGGAUGCAUGCAGCACGACAUGGCUGGGAUGUGGAAAAAGAUGCACCUCUGUUUCGAAACUGGGCCAUACACACAGGCAAAUACCAACCUGGAGUUGACAAGCCUGACCCCAAAACAUGGAAGGCAAACUUUCGCUGUGCUAUGAACUCUCUGCCUGACAUUGAGGAGGUGAAAGAUAAAAGCAUCAAAAAAGGAACAAAUGCCUUUAGGGUUUAUAAGAUGCUGUCCGCAACAGAAAGACAGUCCAAGAGAGGUAAAAAGAGACCAGAUAAAGACAUAAAAGUAAAGGAGGAGCAGCAGUGCCCUGUUUCCUCUGCCUGGGAGAGUACCAAUGGCUCCACAAGAAAUGCAGCAGCACUAACAGUUAAACAGGAAGCAGAUCACACUGUCACAGAAACAGAAGCUGGAAGCCGCAGUCCUUCCGAAGACCAUCUGAUAAUCCCGGACGUGUGUCAGACCAUCGAGGUGGUGACAGAGAACGAGGAGCAGGCCGUGAGCUCCAGCCACUCCUACCCCCUUCAGAUCUCUCCAAUGUCUUCAUACGGAGAGAGCGACACUGACAGUGUACAAAGUGAAGAGGACUCCAAAGAGCACAUGCAAGAACUUGUAUGGGGCUCUAAUCGUGUGGAGGCAAAACCAGUCUCGGACAGCACCACAAUGAGGACAUCUUUACCCAGCAUGUCCACUUUCAUCACUCAGGCUAAGCCCAACUUCAGGAUUACAACUGUUCAGGAUACUGGACUGCCCACUGCCUUUCCUGGUCCCUACAACAGUGGUGGACAGUGGAGCCUCUUGACCACGCCUCAUCCUCCAUCACAACCCCCAGCAGCUUCCAGCAAACCUCCUGUCCACGAAAAACGGGCCAGUGUCAUCAUGAAAACCUCAGACGUAUCAAAAUCUGUCAAGAGUUACUGAGGAAAAUCACCACUUCUUGAACCUGGCUUUAUUGAAGGCUGUACUGAAAUUUAGCAUGGAGCAAAGACCCUAAGCAGCACUCUGUGGCCUCCUAUUGAUGAUCUCACAGCUAGCAAAACUGAUGAUGAUGAUGAUGGUGAUGUCUGGCUCGCUAAAUAGUUCAUCUACACCGUGGGUGAGAUAAGACAUGAUGCAGGGCAAAUGCAGGAUUCGGUGCAGGCCAAGGUUUUUAUUUCAGGGAGCGGUCUAAUACAGUGACAGAUGUCAACACUGCCAUUGUUUCAGAUGUGUAUAUACAGGAGAGUCAUAAUGUCUAAUCAUAGGCAUUAGCUUUAGCACCUUAUAGAAAAAAAAGCACUGAAUGAGAUUAUCUGUGGCCUUCUUUCUGUCUCUAUAGCACCAUGACUGUGGAUACACACUUCUCUGAAAGGAUUUGUUAGUUUGGGUCUCAUAUCCAUCGAAGAAAGCACUUUUAAAGGUAGCCUUUUUGUAUCUCAAAAUCUGACAUUGUCCGAUAUAUUGCUGUGUCUUAAGGGAUUUUUAAAAGGUGGAUAUUUACAUUUUUGCCCAGUAUAAUCGAUUUUGAUUCAUAGAUGUUUUUGUGAAUGACAAAAUGGCACUUAUUUUUUUUAAAUACAUUGAUAUUUUUAUUUUUUUGCUUUCUACUGUAUGUGUGUACGUAUACAUGUACAUAUAAACAAAUUGAAUUAUACAGUGCUGUGAAAAAGCAUUUGCCCCCUGAAAUGGUUUUCUGCAUUUUUUACAUAUAUUAGAAGAAAUCCGGAAUUCAGAAUAUAGUGUUUUAAGAAUCAAGCCUUCAAGAGUUGUAGGAAGUAGGGAUGUGCUUUGGACUGGUCACCUCCAGACAGUGGAGAGUCAACUGGAGUCAGUUAGUCCAGAGGAGUGCUAGCUUUCCACAACCUCAUAAGAGUUCUUGGGAACAAAUAGGACAGGGAACAUGUGAAGCACAUGUCCACAGAAUGCCGGAUUUCAUCACCCCUCCUUUAGGCGGCCCUUUACACGUGCUUGUGAUCCACUGAUCUCUAUGUACAUAUGUUUUCAAGUACAGAAAACACACGCACACACAUCCCAAGAAGCAAGGUUCAGGUGUCCUACAUCAGCUAUUACCCCUUUAGUUUUUUCCCUUCUUUACAGUGCAGGCCUGGGCCAAAUCACAUCCUCACCUGUAAUAUACACUAUAUAUACACUAUAAAUGUGUAGUUUUUUGCAACACACAGGACUGUCUGGAAAAAGUAAUAGGAUCCAUACUCAACAUCUGUUACUCCCACUUUCACCAGCAAUAAAUGCAAAAUCAAAAUCCUGUUAGGAUUUUCAAUGCUUAAGAGAAAUCCUAUGCAUUUUCCUUCAUAUUAACAUGCCUCAGCUCAGGUCACUGGUUUAGGUCUAGGCCAUCAUCAAAUCAUUUUUUUACAGGUGUUUUAUACUUUAUAUAUUUUUACAUUUCCUUGUGGACCAUUCAAAUGAAUAACUACCUGUGUUUCGGUUGUUGUAUUUUAUUUCAUGUCAGGACACAGCGUUCUACACUGCACUAGUAGGUUUUAUGGUCACUAUAAAAAUUCAUUGAUACUAACCAGGAGAAGACUUUAAUCAUCUUUCCAUAGUUCACACUUUUAUGUAUCUUGCAAAUCAUCUAAGUGCUUUUGGGCAAACUGAACUGGUUUUCAGCCAGUACCUUAUUAAUCAGGAAGAUUUGAGGAUUUUUUUAAUUAUAUUUAGUAAUUUUGUGGAUGGUUUUUGCAAGACAGGCUCACAGCUUUACUACUGUCCCACAAUAGUAUUAGCAGGCCUUUGACAGAGAGCCAGCUGAGCCACACUCUUACGUAUAUAACAUGAGGAACCUCUAUGCCAAAGUCUCUUAUAAUCCUCAUACAUUCAUUAUCUAUGAGUUAUGCAGCACACCAAAAAUGACAUUUCAAGGUGCUAAGGUGUCAAAGAAAACAAAACUAUAUCAUUUAUAAUUCAGUGUGAAGUGCAGAAAAUCAGACAGGCGGCAAAAACUUGUUCAUAUUACUGCCCUUGAGUGUGACUGUGUAUGGAAGUGUGUUCAUCUAACCAAAUGUGUCUCUAUACACAUUUAUGGGCUUCUCAAUCCUGUGGAUCAGUGAAUACCUAAUUAUAUGCUAAGAUUAUGUUAUGUAAAAUAAGAAUUUCUUGAUAAUAAAUAUAUAUAAAAAAGAA